AUGCAUCCCACCCAGCUGACCAGCAUCCUGGCAAUGCUAGCCUCACUCUCCACCGCCCACGUAAUCCUCGAGAGCCCCAAACCCUACAAGUUCGUCGCCUACGGGCCCAGCAACCCCCUCUCACCCGACGGCUCCGACUUCCCAUGCAAGAUCCCUCCGGGGCAAACCUACCAAAUCAACGGCUCCCGAACAAUAAUGGCCAUCGGCGAGGCCCAGACGCUGUCGUUCACGGGCCAGGCGGUGCACGGAGGCGGCAGCUGUCAGCUGGCCCUCGCGAGCGGCCUACCCACCCAAAAUUCGUCCUGGGCCGUCAUCCACUCGAUCGAGGGCGGGUGUCCGGCGCGCAACCAGAAGGGCAACCUCGACGGCCCUAAUGUGGAUAAGUACACCUUUCAAAUCCCCGAGCGCGUCGCGGUUGGAGAGUACACGUUUGCGUGGACGUGGCAGGCGCGCAUUGGCGGGGUGCCUGAAUUCUACAUGAACUGCGCGCCGAUCACGGUCGUCAAGCGGAAGCAGAAGAAGAGAAUGGAGAUGGUCGAGCGACGGGCAUCCCUAGCCACGUCACUGUCGAUCUCUCAGCGCGCGGUCGAAUUUCCGGAGCUGUUCAUGGCGGAUAUGGGCGACGUGAGCGGCGGAUGCACGACCGAGGAGGCGCUGAAGCAGCAGAUCGCCAUCGGGUACCCGAACCCUGGCGUUUCGGUCGACCGGCCCGAGGGCGAUAACCUGUUCCCGCAGCCGUGCGACGGCAAUCCGCGGGCGAAGGCCCCGGCCGGUCCUGGGAGUGGGAGUGGUGCGAACAAAUCGGCGAGGCCGGAUGGGACUGCGUCGACGCCGGGUGCUGAUGUCCUGCCUACUACUAGCAGUGUCUUGGUCAAAACUGGAGUUUCGAGUACGACGGCAACGACGACGGCUACUGCGACGCCUACCGUGAGCGAGAUGUCUACAUUCACUACGUCUGUCGGCGCGACGUCUGUUCCGUCCGAAGCUUUCCCAUCCCCAACUUCGUCCGAGGCCGUCGCGGUACCGACAUCGAGCACUGGCAUAGGAGCAUGCGUCGAGGGACAGCUUACCUGCCUCGAAGAUGGUACGCACUUUGCGACGUGCACCGGUGGCCAGCUGACCGGCCCUCUGAUGGUUGCGCCCGGCUUCAAGUGCAGCCCGGGGUCUGGUGCCAGUCUCGACAUCUCGCCCGUCGAUGAAAGCGACUAA